AUGUGGCCCAAGCAAGUCAGAUUCCGCACUGUGCGUGAAGGCGUUGGCCGCAUAUGCACACUGAGGGGCAUUCUGGAAUUCUGCCAUGGCCACCAGCAAUCGACGGCCGUCGGAUUUUUCGACUUCUUUGCUGCGUUUGACUCCAUCUAUCGUGACUCCUUGUGGCGAAUAUGGGAUCUAGAUGGUGUGUCGGCGAAAAUCAUUGCCACGAUCAUGGUCAACUAUCGCUCCGCCACUGCACGAGUUCUGGCUCAUAACAAUCUCUACCAAUCGUCCGAUAUCCAGUCUAAUGUACAACACGCCUUCAUCCUUUCCCCUAUUCCGCUCGACUACACCAUUGACUAG